AUGACUGAAAAGAAAGAUGAUGAGGCUGGGUUGUGUUUGAGUUUGAGUCUGGGAGUGAAACAACAACCUUUGAAGGUGAAUCACAUGCACCAGCCUCAACAACAGCAACCUCAACCUGUUCCCAUAAAUCACAACAAAACUCUCUUUGCUGACUUGUUUCAGUUACCUGAUCGGAACUCCGAUGCGACACGAGGAAUCGACGUGAACUCGACAGCGGAGUGCGAGGAAGAGAACGGCGUUUCCUCGCCGAACAGUGCCGUGUCAAGCGUGAGCGGUGGCAAACGUAGCGAGAGGGACGACGAUAAUGCUGCCUUGGUGACAGGAGAGAGGACUUCGUGCUCAAGGGGGAGCGACGAGGAUGAUGGUGGCGUCGGAGAUGGCGACGGUGGGAGGAAGAAAUUGAGACUGACGAAAGAGCAGUCCAUGGUUUUGGAAGAAACUUUCAAGGAGCAUAAUACACUCAAUCCGAAACGAAAGCAAGCUUUGGCAGAGGAGUUGAAUCUGAAGCCUAGACAAGUAGAGGUGUGGUUUCAGAACAGAAGAGCAAGAACUAAGUUGAAGCAAACUGAAGUGGAUUGUGAAUACUUAAAGAGAUGUUGUGAGAAUUUAACUGAAGAGAAUAGAAGGUUGCAUAAGGAGGUCCAAGAGCUUAGGGCUUUGAAAUUAUCCCCACAAAUGUACAUGCACAUGAACCCUCCCACCACACUUACAAUGUGCCCUUCUUGUGAGCGUGGUCACUCCUCUUCGUCCUCCUCCCCUGCCACCGUCCAGUCAGCGGCAGCGACCCCGAGUACCCGCAAACUGUUUGGCGCAAGCAUCCGGCGGCCGGUGGCACCGGUCAGCACCUGGCCGUUUGACGGCUCAAUUCCUCGGCCAUAA